AUGAGCGCUCCCACCGGUUCCGAAACCUGGUCCGACCGGGACUGGUUUGACUGGUGCUACAACAACAGCGACAGCCUCGAAUGUGAGGACAUGGACAGCUACUACGAGUACCGCCUCAGCAUCGGCGCCAACGCGACUAUGCUGGCCCUCUUCUCCCUCUCCGCCCUCGCCUACAUCACCACCUACGCCGUCACCCGCCGCGGCCUCUCCUUCUUCAUCGCCAUGAUCCUCGGCGUCGCUUGCGAGAUUCUCGGCUACGCCGGCCGCGUCGUCAGCUGGCAGAACCGCUGGGACGAGAACGGCUUCCUCAUCCAGAUCUGCUGCCUCACCAUCGGCCCCGCCUUCCUGGCGGCCGGCAUCUACCUGUGUCUGCGCCGCAUCGUCUACGCCUAUGGCGCUGCGAACUCGCGCAUCAAGCCCGAGUGGUACACCCCGCAUCGUAAGCCGUGCUCUCCGCGCCCCGCGACGUACUCAUGGCUAACGCGCACCCCGCUCCCAGUUCAUCCCGUCGUGACCAUGCUCAUCUUCAUGCUCGUGACGGCCGACUUUGCCCUCAACACGCUCCGCCGCAGCCGCCGCCUCGGCGCCGCCGCGGCCCUCGACCAGGACCCGACGCUGUCGGCCGUGCGGGCCUCGCGCCUCUUCCGCGCCUUCCUCGCCGCCCUGACCCUGAGCUUCGUCUGCAUCUUCAUCCGCUGCGUCUUCCGCGUCGCCGAGCUCUCCGGCGGCUGGACGGGGCCCCUCAUGCGCCGCCAGGACCUCUUCAUCGCCUUUGAGAGCGCCAUGAUCGCCACGGCCGUGCUGCUGCUCAACGUCCUGCAUCCGGCCUUGGCCUGCGCCCCUUUGCUCGAGGGCGUCGGCGGCCUUCACAUUUGCGGCCGCCGCGGCGACAGGGAGAAGAAAGGGGCCCAGCCCGGCGGUGCGGCGCGGCGCGGAUUCCGCCAUUGGGGCAAGAGCGAAGCCAGCUCUACCUCGGAUGGCGUGUAG